ACGUCACUCAUUUCCCCCAGUGACCUUGACAAGUCAGAAGCUUGAAAGCAGGGAAAUCCGGAUGUCUCAGUUAUGAACUGGAGCAGUGGGAAUCCGAUAUAUUUCCAGAAGUCUCCAUCCAGUCUGGUGAUUGUCUGCCUCCAUUACUACCAGUGACCAUCCAGGGUGCUUCUCUAGUGCAGAAGGGGUUGGCAUAAUGGCCAAAUGCUUCAGCCUGGUGUUGCUUCUUGCCUCCAUCUGGACCACAAGGCUCCUGGUCCAUGCAAUUCUCCAUGUAGAAGAACUAUCCAUCUCAGGGCCAUGCAGAAUCGUGGGGGUCACCCUUGUAAACAAAAAGACAAUCCAGCAGCUGAAUUUCACAGAAGCCCAGGAAGCCUGUAGGCUGAUGGGACUAACUUUGGCCAGCAAAGACCAGGUUGAAGCAGCACGGAGGUCUGGCUUUGAGACUUGCAGCUAUGGAUGGGUUGCAGAUAAGCUCUUGGUCAUCCCUCGGAUUCUCCCAAACCCCAAGUGUGGGAAGAAUGGGAUAGGUGUCCUGGUUUGGAGAAAUUCACUCAGCAAAAAGUUCUUGGCCUACUGUUACAACUCAUCUGAUAUUUGGAUUAAUUCAUGCAUUCCAGAAAUUAUCACCACCAAAGAUCCCAUAUUCAACAUUCAAGAGACAAUAUACACAACAGAAAUGAUAGUCAGUGACAGUACAUACUCAGCUUCAUCUACUGAUGCACCUCACUCUGCUACACCUACUCUUGCUCCUACUUCUGCUCUGGCUUCCACUUCUACUCGACGGAAAAGAAAAUUGAUUUGUGUAACAGAAGCCUUCAUGGAAACUAGCACCGUAUCUACAGAAACUGAGUCAUAUAUUGAAAAUAAAACAGCAUUCAAGAAUGAGGUCGUUGGGUUCGGAGGUGUCCCCACGGCUCUGCUAGUGCUUGCACUCCUCUUCUUUGCUGCUGCAGCUGGUCUAGCGGUUUGCUACGUCAAAAGGUAUGUGAAGACCUUUCCUUUUACCAACAAGAAUCAGCAGAAGGAAAUGAUUGAAACCAAAGUAGUAAAGGAAGAGAAAGCCGAUGAUAGCAAUCCUAAUGAAGAAUCAAAGAAAACUGAUAAAAAGCCAGAAGAGCCCAAGAGUCCAACCAAAACCACAGUGCGAUGCAUGGAAGCUGAAGUUUAAAACAGAAAGAAAUGGGAAGACACACCUGAGGCUGAUUUCUUUCCUGACACAUAUCCUGGCCCCAGAUGGGGAAACUUAAAGGACAAGAACCAAACAAGAAAGUCCACCCUUGGUUCUUAAAUGGAAUCAACUCAGGACUACCUUUGGACUAUGGAGUUCACCAAAUGGUGAACUUCUUCUGUAAUUCUUUCUGGAUCCUAUCCUCCUACCUCCAAAGCUUCCCACAGCUUUCUAGCCUGACUAUGUCCUAAUAAUAUCUCUGUGGGAUAAAGGAGCUUCACAAAGUACAAGGACCUAAAACAACUAAUCAGAACACAUUUAUAAAGAGGCUUCUCAGUUGGCUGAGCAUAGCUGAGUUGAGAACCAAGAAACCAUUGAGACUAAGGCUUUCUCUAUUGAUUCCACAGGCCAGAUCCUUUCUUCAUUCUGAAAAGAUAACACACAUCAUCUGGCAUGCCCUUCUGAGCCAGGCAAGAACAAAAGAAGGAAGGAAAAGUUCAGCAACUGAAGGCCACAGAGAUUCCCAUGACUUGAGACCUGAUCUCUCUGUAAAGCCUAAGUAAGUAGAGAAAAAGAAUGAGGCCAACGAUGUUGCCAGCAUAUGGUAAUUGGCAACUAUAAAUACAGAUAGGGUCAUAGUAGUCAUCUCUGAAUAAUCUGAGUUGGAAUCACUUUUUAGCGAUUUUUUUACUUUUGUAAGGAACAAAAAAAAUCUCUUACAAAUUUUUAGUUUUAUCUGAGUUUUAUCUGAGAAAUUAUUACUGAGGAAAAUUACUGUGUUAAAAAGCAGUAAAAUUUAGCAAACAUUUAUUGAAUAUGUUAGGUGCUGGGAAGGUAUGACAUUCUAUAAUUGAAUGUUAUUUAUCAAAAACUUGCAUACAGAGUAAAAUGUAUGAAGCUAAUUUUUUCAAUUUUGAUAUCCCUAGCUUAUCUACUUGGAAAACUAAUUUUUUACUAAGACUAGUCUAUUCAUUAUUUUCUCUAACAUGCAGUCAUUAUAACCUUAAUUUAUUAUUAACAUACCUAAAAAGUAUAUUAUUACCUCUAUACACAAAAGCACACUUUAAAAAUGUCAUUAAUAAAUGUAUCAUCAGUUAUUUUUUCAGCAAGAAGAGCCCAAGAGGUGUAGAGAUUUGUGUUAAAAAAAUAAAAGUAUUUAGAAAAUUUCUUUGCUCCCUUAUUUACACAGAUGAAUUAUAUCUUUCUUUUUUAAUUUAAAUUCAAUUAGCCAAAAUAAAUAAAUAAAUAAAUAAAUAAAUAAUAAAUAAAUAAAUUCAAUUAGCCAACAUAUAGUAUAUACUUAGUUUCAGAUGUAAUGUUCAAUGAUUUAGCAGUUCCAUAUAACACCCAGUGCUCACCACACCAUAUGCCUUUCUUAAUGCCUAUCACCAAAUUACCCCAUCCUCCAACCUCCUCGCCUCCAUCAACCCCCAGUUUCUUUCCUAUAGUUAACAGUCUCUCAUGUUUUUCUCCCUUUCUGAUGACUUCCCAUGCAGCUUGUACUACAUGGUUUACAAAUAUUUGUUUUUCAACAACCAAAAUUGUCCCUCUUACUUUUGCAAAAACAACAGAUUACUUCAAUAUUGCAUUAAAGUAAUGCAUUGAAGAUAUGUGUUAUAUACCUUUCCUGCAUAUAUAUAUAUGGUCACAGGUCUACUUAAGUGCUAAAGAUAGGAUUCAAUCCCAGGUCAGAAUAACUACAGAGCUCAUACUUCUUUCCCUAAACCACCACACUUCUUUUGCAAAUGACAAUAUAGCGAUGUCAACUAUUCUACUAUGUAAGUUUGAAAUCAGUCACUUGCCAAAAACAACAAUGGUAAAAUAAGAAAAACUCAGGAAUCCCAACCCAACUUCAGGAAAUUUUUCUUAAAUCCAUUUCACUAACAAGGAAAAAGGGGAACACUAAAAACCUUUGAGAACUGUACCCUCAUUGAUGCAGACACCAACCUCACCAAAGACUAAGACUUAACUGCCCCAGCUUAUACACUCAGAAAAUGUAAGGCCCACAAAGAUCCAAGAUAAGCUUCUCAAAAUUCUUAAUUCACAAAGUUAAAAAAAUGAAGGAUUAAUCACUAAAACAUAGUGAUUAAAUAGGACAAAAUAGGAUCAAAUGUCAUAGAUAGCUAGAAGUAGAGCUUGGUCUAGAGGUCUCCUUCUUCCUAGUCAAAUUCUCUUUUAUUCUCCAUUAAACAUAGAGAAAUUGGAAGAACAUGAGGUAUGACUCCAGUUCAGACCUACAGUCCAGCCUACCAAAGCCAGUCUUCAAACAAGGCAAGCCGACAGUCAUCUAAUUAUGUUUCUAGGUGGUACACAGGAUCUCCCUGCCCAGAAAUGCCUCCUCUUCAUGCCAACCUCCCUGGCUCGAAUAGUAUACAUCUACCCCCUUGUAAAACUAUCUGCUUUUUAUAAAAACCAGGCCAACUAUCAAUAUAAAUAUGCUGACGUGGUUCCAGUAAAAACAAACUUAUUUCUAAGGAUAGAAAGCUAGAAUAAAGAAGAUGACUUGAAGCCCAGCGUAUGUUUGUACAUAGUGGGAGCUUAUAAAUGCCCAUUGGCUUGAAUAGGAUUGAAUCAUGUUGAUUUCCCGAGCAAAGAAUCCAAUAUGUUACUGCCCUUCUCCAGACUUUUAGCUAGUGCCCAAAGCAAAAUCAAUUGCUCCAGGAAAAAGCAGGUUUCUAAGGACAAUAAUAAUAGUAUACAAGUAAAAAGAAUCCGAAUGUUUUUUCAUGUUUAGGACCUGUACUGAAGCAAACAAAGAAACAAAAGCAAAAAACUCCCAGAGAACCUGAUCCAGCUGGUCCCAGGAUCAGUAAAUGGGAAUUGCUGAACUACAGAAAAGAGGGAUUAGAGGAAGUAAGACAAAGCAUACCAGUGUGAAAUGAUAAGGGCUUGGACUAUGGCAAUGAAGAUAGAGGACAGAAAAUGGAUUCCAAAUAUAUUUCUGAGACUAAAAUCAGAAAUACUGGCUAAUUGAGGAGAUAUUAAAGUAACACAAAAAUGACAGUGGAAUUUUCAAUUUGGGCAACUACAUGAAUGGUUAUUUCACUAGCAAAGUUAGAAUAUGAGGAAAAAGGAACCAUAUUUGAGAUAGAAAAUGAGCUUGGCCUGAGUAUGUUAUUUCUGGUAUGGAAACAGAAAAUCUUGAUGGAAGUAUCUAAAAAAUAGGUAAAUUUUUAGAUACAGGAGAAAGCAGGACUAAAGAUAAGGAUUUUUUAAAGCCAUUAACAUGCAAGUGUCUUGGAAGGGAAUAAGGAGAAAUUAGUUUAGAGGUAAAAAAUGAAAAAUAUCCAAUAGUGGACAGUGAAAACAGUGACAAGACAAAUAUUAACAUGCAACCUUUACUUCUCUAAUUGCCAGUCUAAUUUUCCCCAUGUCUCCCUCUCAAAAAAGGAAUGGUUUACUUUGCUGGAGAGAGUCAAAAUCAACCUUAGGAAUGAGGAGGCAAGAAUAAAAGGGAAAUGGGGAAAGAAAGAAUCACAGAGGGCUAGGUGUCGAGAGAGAUUUGGGGGAUUUAUGGAAGGAGAUGCCCCACAGUACGUGGGGGCUAUGAUGGAAGUAGAUAGGAUUGGAAGGAAAUUCUUACAAACUUUUCUGUGGCAUAUGUAUGAUCAUAGUUUUUGAGAAAUUUUAUUUUUUUAAGAUUUUAUUUAUUUAUUCAAGAGAGAGAGAGAGAGAGAGGCAGAGACAGAGGCAGAGGGAAAAGCAGGCUCCAUGCAGGGAGCCUGAUGUGGGACUCAAUCCUGGGACUCCAGGAUCACACCCUGGACUGAAGGCAGGCACUAAACCACUGAGCUACCCAGAGAUCCCCAAGAUAAAUUUUUUAAAAAGGAUUACUGUGAAGUUAACAUUGUUUGUUGUGCUAUGUUUCUUUCAUUUCAGCACCACUCCAAGCCUGAAUCAUGGAGACCUAUGCUUAAUAAAGAAUAAAGAAUUAUUAGACUUGAUAAUAUAGUAAGAAAGUAUGGUUUCUGGAAUACUAUCAUUACAUUAAAAAAAUACAGUCCCUAGAGUAGUAUCACUCAGGGUACAUGAAUUAACGGACAUAAGAGUUUGAAUGUGACAUUAGAUAUUAACUGGAUUGGAAUGAACUCAAUUUACUUUGACUUCUCCUUGCUAUUUCCCAAACCUAAGCUCAAGCUCUUAUCACUUUUCUUCUAUUUCAUUGCUCUGUUUCCAGUCUCAGCAACCUCUCUGUCACACCUUGAGUCCAACCCCUUACACUACAUAUAUGAAUUUUCUCAGAUACAGAGCUUAUUAUGCCACUCCUUGGACCUUUGGGGACCCUUCAUUUUUUUUUUCCAGAAGCAAAUCCAAACACAUUACUAUUCUAAGUGGAUAUGGUGGGUUGGCAUUCAGCAUCCAUUAAGUGUGUGCCUUCCUAAACCAUAGAGGAUGAAAAAUUAAAACUGCCUUUCCCAGAUUGUCUACAGCUGGACUUCCAGAAUCAAAAGGGUCUACAAAUUAAUGCAUAUCCACAUGAAUAAAAAGGCAAAAAAGGAGGAGAGACCAACUUUAUGCUACUUCAGCUACUGAUACAGGCAAGUAUGAUCAUGGAGAUACUGGGCUUUCUGGCAGCAAAGCUCCAGAAGCUAGCCUAGCUUCAUGGAUGUUGAGAAGCAAUUAUAGUCAUAGCAGUGAUCAGACUUAGUUUUAAACACUUCUAAUCAUCUUAUAAGUACCUAAUUCCCCAUAUUAAACUUUUUCUGUUUAAAAUAUGUAGAGAGGGGGAUGCCUGGGUGGCUCACCGGUUGAGCGUCUGCCUUCAGCUCAGGGCACGAUCCUGGGAUCUGGGAUUAAGUCCCGCAUCGGGCUCCCUGCAUGGAGCCUGCUUCUCCUUCUGCCUGUGUCUCUGCCUCUCUCUCUUUCUGUCUCUCAUUAAUAAAUAAAAUCUUCUUAAAAAUAAAUAAAAUAAAAUAUGUAGAGAGGUUUCUGUUUCUCUUGAAGGGAACCCUGACUGAUUGAUACAAAUGACAUUAAAAACAUUUUACGGGACGCCUGGGUGGCUCAGUGGUUGAGCCUUCAGCUCAGGGUGUGAUCCUGGAGACCCAGGAUCGAGUCCCACAUCGGGUCCCCAGCAUGGAGAACUCCUUCUCCCUCUGCCUGUGUCUCUGCCUCUCUCUCUCUCUCUCACGCUCUCUCUCAUGAAUAAAUAAAUAUUAAAAAAAAUACAUUUUACAAUUUGGCCUCCGAUCCUCACCUCAAACGUUGAGUCAUUCUUAUAAAGAUACUUCAUGCUAUAACCACACAGGAUCAUUUGCCAUUCCAGAAUUUAAUCUAUUCUUUCCUCUCUCAUCUUUGCAAGUGCUGUUCCUUCUGUUUUCAUUGCCCUUGCUCCACUUCCUAAUUUAUUAGUUAUCUAUUGCUACAUAACAAAGUACCCCAAAACUUAAUAGCUUAUAACAACAUUUAUUAUCUUGUGUUGUUGUGGGUCAGAAACUGGGUCCUCUGCUUCAGAGCUCUCACAGAGUUGCAAUCAGAGCAUUGGCCAGGGCUAUAUUCAUCUCAAGGCUCUAUUAGAAAGGAAUCAACUCCAGGUUCAUUCAUACUGUUGUUGGCAAGAUUUAGCUCUUUGUUUGCUUUUGGCCAAAGUUUGCCUUCAGUACUUUUCCAUGUGUAACUCUCCAUUGGGGCAGCUCAGAAAAUGGCAAUUUGCUUCAUCAGAGCAAGCAAGAGAAAAAGCCAAAGAUAGAUGGUGAUAGCAGGAUGGAAAUCAUAAUCUUUUAGAUCUAAUCUUGGAUGUGACAUUCUAUUACUUUUGCUAUUAUUCUAUUCAUUAUAAGUAUCACUAUGUCCAGACCAUACUUAAGGGGAGGGGAUUUGCAAAAGCAUAAAUACCAGAACUCAGGGAUCACUGGGAGCCAUUUUAGAAGGCUGCCUCCCAUCACAUUAAUGAAUCUUUCUCAUUCCUUCUCUUUGCAAUUUGAUUAUAUAAUGCUACAUUAUCAUUAUCAUUAUUUUUUUAAUCUUUAGUACUUGUGUAGCACAUGCUAAGCUAGCACAUACUUAGCUGGCUCUCAGUAAAUGUUGCUGAAUGAAUGAAUGUACAUAUUCUUUGGGAUUUCAUGAGUUGUAAGUCUUACCUUUAUCCAGGUAUUUAUACUAAGUGUUAAGAUCAUUCACAUAGGGCCAACUGUUCCUGUCUGCCUAAAUAUUGUUCAUAUUGAUGUCUUUUAGUAUAGAAUGCAAUUGUAAACAAAACCAGAAGAAUGCAGAAAGGUUAUUGUAUUUGAACUUUACUCUCUGAGUUGGCUAUUGACUCACCAUUGGGAGCAAUCUCAUUAAUAUUCAUUUUAACAAGGAAACUGCAAUAUGUUUUGAACCAUGGUCAAGUCAAGAAAUCGAAGUCCCUCAACAACCACAAA